AUGGAUGAGCAGUCUGGGGAGACUGCGGCGAUCUUAUUCAAUGAUCUUAUUCCUCUACCUUUCCGCAUCUUACUAUUAAUUCAAUUUCUACUACUGUUAUGGUUACUAUUGAAUAUCAUUUUAUACAAUUUUUCAUCGCUCAAUGUUCUACAUUUGAUUAACUUGUCCUAUUCUCAACACAAUUACACACAAUUAGAUCAUCUGGCUCCUACAACAUUUGGUGAAUUUGCAACUACAAUACCUGCCGACUUACUGGAAAACGCUAGGUUGAUCAAAGGUAUAUGGCUGAAUCUUAAACGAAUCUCGUUAGUCAAUUUCAUCAGUUGGUUUGCAUUCAAAGCUGUCAAGUGGUACAACAAGGAUUUGACAUUGUUGUAUUAUAGUAUCCCAGUUGUGCUGUUUGCAUAUGUGUUUCACAGGUUGUUUUAUGCAAAUGUCAACACUGCAGGGCAAGUACGAGUAUACACUACGAUGAAGCGCGUCUUGCAAGGGGGAAUAAAUUCCUUGAGCAUGAGAACCAAUGACAUAUUGAUCAGUGACUCUUUAGUCUCGGUGUCUAAAGUCUUGAAUGAUUUUGGAUUAUUCAUUUGGAACUAUUAUGUUAGUGAGUCGAUAGCAUACAACUAUCAAUUAGAAUUUUUGAUCUUGUGCAUCCCAACUUUUAUCAGAAUUAAGCAAUGUUGGUUCGAGUACUCGUCAACUGGCAAAACCCAGCACAUGCUAAAUUUAAUCAAGUACUCCACGGCGUUUGGCCCACUUCUAAUCAAUGCAUUAAUCAAGCAUACAUUAUUGAGAUCAAGUGACGAAGAUAGACAAUCGGGAGCAUUGAUUCAGCAGUUGACCAAGCUCAAUGAUUGGUGGUAUUUCCUUUCGGCAUUGAACUCGACCUAUUCAUUUAUAUGGGACAUAAUGAUGGAUUGGCAUUUACAACUCUUCAACAAGCUCUUUAACCCAAGAGAGAGAUUCACGAUUCUUAGACCGCAUAAGGCAUUUCCAGACUAUAUAUAUCUAAUAGCGAUGAGCAUUGAUUUUUUGUUUAGGUAUAUAUGGGUGUUAAAACUAUUUAUUAUCAAUGAAGAAUUGAGGUUGAGCUCGCAAAUCAAGUUUCUUCACGUAUUUUCCACAUUCUUGUUUGGAUACGAUGCAUACUCAUUUGGGUAUGUUAUUAUCGAGGUGUUGGAAAUUUUUAGACGCUGGGUGUGGUGUUUUGUAAAACUAGAAAGUGAUUGGAUCAAGGUGAGGUAUGAAGAGCCUAGAGAAUUCGAAUUAAGCGGGAUGAACGAGAUGGGUAAAGGUCUUACAUAG